CACAAGAUGGCUGCUCCCACCCUGGAACCCGUGUGAGGCCAGCGGAGACGGUCCCUGUUGUCAUUUCCUUGACGACUACGUCUGGUCUUCAUUGUUGGGCUUGUUUGGUGCCCUGUCGAGGGGGAAAGACUACAGCAAUGGCUGGGAGCCUGUCUCGGGGGGCAGGUAGGGGCUUGUGGGGCUGGGUGCCCCUAGCCUGCAGAAGCUUCUCUCUGGGGGUUCCUGGGUUGUUCCGUAUGAGGCUCACCCUCCCGCCGCCCAAAGUGGUUGAUCGUUGGAACGAGAAGAGAGCGAUGUUCGGAGUGUAUGACAACAUCGGGAUCCUAGGUAACUUUGAAAAGCACCCAAAAGAACUGAUCAAGGGCCCCAGGUGGCUUCGAGGCUGGAAGGGGAAUGAAUUGCAGCGUUGUAUCCGAAAGAAGAAAAUGGUUGGAAACAGAAUGUUCAUUGAUGACCUGCACAACCUUAAUAAACGCAUCAGCUAUCUGUACAAACAUUUUAACCGACAUGGGAAAUACCGGUAGAAGAGAAAGCAGGGAACCGUGGAAGAGGCACAUGUAUCACCUUGGAGAAGGGGAAAAGUACUUUUUCCUAGGAGGAAAGGGCUUUGUAUGCUCUGUAAUAAAAUGGAGCUUCUUUGGAA